AAAAAAACAAAACAGCGGACGAUCAGCUCUGUGUGUCGCGAUCUAAGUGUGUUUAUGAGUUUAUGUCGCCACUUGCCGUCGGUGGUUGAAUAUACGUAGAUCUGAAGUAAUUUCUUUCGGUGUGGAGAUGAGCGAAAGUCCCGACUUGAACAGCGCCAAGGAUCGGGCCAAGCCCGUGGAGACCCUGGUUCUGGCCAACUAUGCUUUGAAGGCAGAGCAGAAGCGUGCCGCCGGACAGGGCGGCCGCAAGGAGGACGAGCGCAUCACCAGCGCUGUCAUGAAGGUCCUCGAGGGCUACGAUUGGAACCUGGUACAGGCCUCAGCCAAGGCGCCCACGGACCGCAAGAAGGAGCACAUCAAACGUCCGAUGAACGCGUUCAUGGUCUGGGCCCAGGCAGCUCGUCGCGUCAUGUCCAAGCAGUAUCCGCAUCUGCAGAACUCCGAGCUGAGCAAAUCGCUGGGCAAGUUGUGGAAAAAUCUGAAGGAUAGCGAUAAGAAGCCGUUUAUGGAAUUCGCCGAGAAGCUGCGCAUGACGCACAAGCAGGAGCAUCCCGACUACAAGUACCAGCCGCGUCGCAAGAAGGCAAGGGUCAUGCCCCAGCAUCAGGGAGAAGGCAUAGCCCCCUCAGCCACAGCCGCAGCGCCCGGCGCUUCCCCGAUGACAGUUGGUGCCAGGCAGCAGAGGAGCUCGAACUCGGGCGGGGUGUCCUCCAGUGGCCAGAGGCGUGCUCCGAAGGUAAACGGAUCCAAUCUGUGCUCCACAGCGGGGUCCAGCUCCAGUUCCAACUCCACCUCCACCUCCACCUCCGCCUCCACCUCGGAUGUCUUCAGCAACGAGGCCUUCAUGAAGUCCCUGAACAGUGCCUGCGCCGCCAGCCUCAUGGAGCAGGGGCUCAGCCUAAACAGUGAACCAGGCCUGGACUCGCCCUGCUCCACGGCCAGCUCCCUUUCCUCGCUCACACCGCCGGCCACGCCGUACAGCGGCUCCUCCGCGAAGCCCACCGCAGGAGGCGUCUCCUUGAACAGCUCCAGCCUGCUGCUGCGGCAGCUGAGCGAGCCGAGCAGUAAUGGUGGCAAUACAGAUUACGGGGUCCUGCUGGAUGCUGGCCGGGAGUACAUAGCCCUGGGCGACGUCAACUACGGCCAGCAGCAGCAGCAGACGCAGGGGGCCCCUGAGAUGGAUUUCCUGGAGAACAUCAACGGCUAUGCAGGCUAUGCGGGCAAUGGGCGGGGCGUGAAUUAUCCCGGCUAUGCUUACACUCCCGCUGGAGGAGGAGCAGUGGGUCUCGGAGUGGGGGACUUCCAAGAGCAGCAGCAGCAGCAGCAGCCGCAUCCACAGGCCACAACGAGCGUCAGCGCGUCACAGGCCAGUGGAGCCUUAAAUUACAAGUCAGCCACUGACAUCGAUCCCAAGGAAAUUGACCAGUAUCUCAUGGAUCAAAUGCUGCCCAUGACGCACCAUCACUCGCCGCCUUUGAACUCCUCCGCCUCGCUCUCCUCGGCCUGCUCCAGCGCCAGUGCCAGCUCCCAGGCGGUCGUCGAGUGUGCGGCCUACUAUGAGCAGUUGGGCUACCUCCCUUCCGCCCAGAGUCAGAGCACGAACUUUGGCCCCCAGCACCAUGCAACAUAUGUUUCUGCGGCUCCACCACUCGCUCCGCAUCCGCAUCCACAUCCACAUCCCUCUGCCUUGAGUGUGCCUGCAACCGUAACGCAGCAGGAACUGCAAUCCCAUUCGCAUCCCCAGCAGCAGGAGCAGCACCAGCACCAGCACCAGAACCCAUCGCAGCAUCAUCUAUGGGGCACUUACACUUAUGUCAAUCCCUAAGAUACUUCAUUUGCACAUUUGUUGUCCUGCGUUGGAGCGCUCCCCCUCUUUAUGGGUCACUCGAAUGGCUUUCGUUUAUUGGUUUAUUGUCUGUGCAAUGUCUGUGUGUGUGUGUCUGUGUGUGUGUGUCUGUGUGUAUGUGUCACUCUGUCUGUGUGAAGAGUAUCUGUGUGCGUUGAGCUCGAGGGUCUUUUUGGGAGGAUUUUGUGCAAUUUAAGCUAAUCGCUGCGAUUUUCCUUUAUGUCUGCAUUCCCCACAUCAAUAUGCGACUCGGAUGGGAAUUUAUUUUCUCAAAUGAAAUGCGAAAACAAAUGCAAGACAAUUCCAUAGCAAAAUUACUUCAAUUGCCUAUCAAAUGUUCUUUUAUUUCAAAGAAAAUACCUCGAAACUGAUGAUGCUUGAAUUCAUAGCUAAAUGGAAGAAAUACAAUAA